AAAACAUAGCUGAUUUGUUUGUAGACAGACAGGUUGUCUAAGCAUUUACCUGCUACAUAAAAAUAAAAUUAAUUCAUGUUAUUGGUGUACGUAAAGUAAUUUUUGACGAUUUAUUAUAAAAUAAAUUGAAUAAAUAUCAUUAGACAUGUCUUACCAACUGUACAGAAAUACCACUAUCGGCAAUACACUCCAGGAAAGCUUGGACGAAUUGAUACAGUAUGGGCAGAUUACUCCUGCGUUGGCGAUUAAAGUAUUGCUGCAAUUUGAUAAAUCCAUCAAUCAGGCUCUAUCCAACAGGGUGAAAUCUAGGCUAACAUUCAAAGCAGGAAAAUUAAACACUUACAGGUUCUGCGAUAAUGUAUGGACUUUCAUGUUGAAUGAUGUGGAGUUCAGGGAAGUGCAGGAGGUUGCAAAAGUGGACAAAGUGAAAAUAGUUGCUUGUGAUGGCAAAAAUGUUGAAGACCGGAGGUAACCAUUGAUGAUGUGUGUGUUAAUACUAUAGUUUAAUUCGAAAAAAUAUGUAAUUCUCAAAAUGUUUGUUGAAAAUCUCUUUAUUUUGAAAUAAACAGUGGGCAAUAAUUGGUA